AUUUUUUCUCCAGACUUAAUGUCAUCAGAUAGCAAUAAAAAACCUAUAGUAAUUAUCCCCUAAACAACUUUGAAUAUUCGGAAAUUAGAAAUAGAAUAAGUAGAUUAGAGUGAUGACCUUGAGGCUUCAUCAGAAAAAAUAUCAGAAUAAUAAUCAGAUGAUCCCUUUUUAAAUUUUGUUGCCUCAUAUUCACUUUUUACCAAUAAUUCUGAGGAUACACAAUUAGAUCUUACUUAAGUUCUAUCCAAACUUAAUGAGAAGAUUUAAGAGAUCAAACCACCAACAAAUCAUUUAUUAGACUUUCAUUAGUAAUUAUAAAUUAAAGAAAAUCAAAUAAAUGAAUUAGCUGAUACUCUCAAGUAAUUACCAGAUUCCAAACUCUUUUCUUGUAUUCAAGAUGUUGAGAAGUAAUACUAUCUCUCUCAUUAUCUAGACUCUACUAUAGACUUUCAGUUGAUUUUCAAGAAGAAUUGCGCACUGCAUAAAAACUUAGAAUUGUUUGA